CUGAGUUAGCAGAAUGUCGACGGUAUUGGUAGUGGCCCUCAUCCUCAGUGGAGUCCUGCAGUUUGUGUACAGUGAGGAUAACACAACUGCUACACCCACGGACUACUGCCAGAAGGACUUGUGUCACUUUUUGAAAAAACACAUAGGCUGCAGGAACAAAGGAGAGCUCAACAAACAAUGUCCUGCUGACGCCUACUUGGUUAAUCUAACGGGUCUGCACGAUCUGAUCCUGGAUGAGCACAAUGCCCUGCGAAAUGUCCUUGCUGCUGGCAAGGCACCGAAAUUGCCACAACCCGAUCGCAUGGCCACACUGCGCUGGCAUGCCGAACUGGAGGAUCUGGCCACACUGAACGUAAAGCAGUGUGCUCUGCAGUACGAUCCUUGUCACAAUACCCCGGAAUUCCGUAACUCUGGUCAGAAUUUGGCCAUAAUCAACAUAACUCUGCUUCAGGGUGAGGGUAACCACACGGAUGAGUGUCUGAUCAGGGAGUCUAUUGGAGGCUGGUGGAAUCAGAGUAUCAAUAUCACGAGGGAGCAGCUUCAGCGUUUUCCCAAAGGAAAAUUGGGAGAUUCAAUCCGCAAUUUCGCCAUAAUGGCCCGCGACAACAACACCUUCGUGGGCUGCGCCGCCUUGAGAUUCGAUAAGCCUGCGGGCCAUCCUCAGUUUCUGUUGGCAUGCAAUUACGCCAGCAAUUAUGUCCCGGACUGGCCUAUUUACCGGGAAAAGUCCAUCGGUUGCCAGUCGGGCUCUGACCUCAAAUAUCCCUCCCUCUGCAAGGCGGGCGAGCAAUAUCAGGAACUUCCGUUGGAGGAGAGCGCGACGGUGAGGAGCGGUUUUUGGAGGCUGUAGAGGCGCUAAAAAUAAACCCGGCCAAAGGGUUGGAGUGGGUGGCUCUUCACUCACAGUCUAUUUAACAUGUUGAUUUGUGUCACAGUGCGUGGCGGUCAUAUAUCAUCUCGCAGCAACCGCAUUAGCACAGACACCUGAAAAAGUAGUGAUGCCGAUAUUGAAUGAAUAAAACAUAAACAUUUACGUCGAAAAAAAAACAAACGAAAUAAUUAAAAAUAAAUAGAUAUCUUAAAAUUAAAACAAAUGCUUU